GCUAUGGCAGUUGCUGGUAAGAUGGCUGUGUUGAUAUUGAUGAUGAUGGUGAGCAUAGCUAUUGUUUCUGCAAACGAUCCCGACGCCCUUCAAGAUGUUUGCGUUGCUGAUCUCAACUCCGCUGUGAAGGUGAACGGAUUUGUGUGUAAGGCUGCAUUCAACGCCACAGAUUUCUUUUCCAACGUGCUGGCCAAGCCCGGGCUCACAAACAACACGAAUGGUGCGCUUGUAACCCUAGCAAAUGUUCAGAAAAUCCCAGGCCUCAACACCCUUGGGGUCUCUCUUGCCCGCAUCGAUUAUGCCCCCGGAGGCAUAAACCCUCCUCACACCCACCCUAGGGCUACUGAGAUAGUCUAUGUUCUCGAGGGAGAGCUCUACGUCGGAUUUAUCACCACAGCCAAUGUUUUGGUAUCAACGUCAAUCAAGAAAGGCGAAGUUUUUGUUUUCCCGAAAGGGUUGGUCCAUUUUCAGAUUAACAACGGUUAUGUGCCCGCGGCCGUGAUUGCUGCCUUUAACAGCCAGCUUCAAGGGACGGUUUCAAUCGCAGUGACACUGUUUGGCGCGACCCCUCCAGUACCCGAUAAUGUUUUGGCAAAGGGCUUUCAGAUUGAUACUGCGGAUGUUGUGAAGAUUAAGGCCAAAUUUGCACCCAAGCCCUAAAAUGUAAUAUUGUGCUUUGAUUCUUCUUUUGAAUUUCAUAUAUGUUUGUUUGUAAUU